GAAUUCCUCUGCUCUGACACCCGCUGGGUGUGAGCACUCUUCUAUUACGCUGCAAUGGCGCUUCCAUCUACCGGGUCGGGCAGUCAGCGGCUCGAUCUCGUCACUCGAGGAUUAGAUGUGGGCGCAAGAAGCAUCGAUCUACUCCAAACUAUCGCCGAAAUCGCCAAUUCUCCGAAUGGCGCCAUCCAAGCCGCGUCGAAGUUCAUGUACUGGCUUGGCACGGAGCGUGUCAAUCAAGAGGACUUAGGGCACUGCUUGAGUCGCGCGAAGGACCUAGCUCAUCCAAAUAUGGCGGGUUUGGCCUUCUGCUCAGGGGUAAUGGAGGGAAUUGAAGCCCUGCCCAAGUCCAUAUUGGAGCCGUUCAAGUCCAUCUCUUCCGGAUCCUUGGGACGCUUCCUGGUGCUGGACCACAGUCUCCGGUGGAUUACAUCCACGAUAACGAGUUUUUACCAGUUCCAUGAUGAGAAAUUCAUUGCAUAUGCAAUGACGGCCCUCAUAGUGCGCAUAUAUGACGAAAGAGAGGGCAACAGACCCACGCCCCGCUCCAACUUCUGGUCCGAUCCUACAUACCUCCGCAUGAUGCCCGUCGUCAAGAAGAUAACGUCGAGUAUUUGGCUCAACAUUGUCAACUCUAAGAAAGAGUCACUGCCGCUUCCCGACAAACUCCGGAGAAUAUGUCCUGUCGGCCAUCAUCUCGACUCCGAAGACCUAGUUGAAGCGCUGGCUCGAUUAAAAAACCCACGUAGAGGGCCUCAUGUAAUUAUUACAAGCCGCUACAUGCUGGGUAACCUGUCGCUGUGGCUGCUUUACCAUUUCAGCGGCCUCUUCCGGGUAGUAGUUGGCGGAGAGAUUGUCUAUGAAACGAGGCAAGGGCAUGAAGAACAAGAGAUAGAACUGCGAGUUGGAGUUCGAUGUGGUGAUAACAGUCAAUGCGCCAAUAACAAUGACCGUGACGAGCGAAGACAGUUUGAAAUGGCAGAGAACAUUGCAGGCCACUGGCACGAGUUCUUUGUGGGGAGCUCCAAACCAUCCCCCACGCUGGGAAGUGCAUCGCGAGCCAGGAGAGCGCUUUACGGUUUUGAAGACGGGCAAAGCACUCCCUCUCAGAAAAUGAGCGCGAUAAAUUCCCACAUUCGAAAGGUGGCGUUGGAUUUGGCUCGAUGGUUGUGCAGCUUGCGCGUUGAACCAUGCCCGCAGGCUGCAUCGUGGAUCGUGUACAAAAUAAACUUGGACCGGAGGGGAGCAAGCGACAACCAUCACACGCUCAUGACCGAUCUGCUGAAGAGAUCUCCUGCAAUUUUGCAGAAUCCUUGGGGCCCAGGCCUUCCUAAAGAUUGGACGCCAGAAGACGCUGUUCAGAUAUGGUCUCCAGAAGGAUUCAUCGAAGUUGCAGAGUGGCUCAAGAAUCUGUCUGGAUUGUCUGAAAAUACGGAUAAAGCAAUUGAUGCUCGACAAUCUUCUGUCUGGCGAUGCUUUCCGGGUCUGGCCGAUCUACUCGCGGAGGCAGAAGUGCAGUGCCGCUGUAUGAAUUGUAUACAGAAAAGGGGCGUUACCCCCCUGCAGCCUGGUUGUCGAAAGUUCUACGCCUAUGGUGCGGUUCUCUCCCUCCUGGGCCACAGUAUUGCAGAUGCGUUCGGUGCUGAUAGCGCAUCUGGGUCUGAAGAAAUGUCCUCCCCAGCAGUAGGCUCUGAUAUUUACUCCGUGGAGCACGUUUUACUGGACAUUGUGCGGAAGUCUCAGGUUGUGUGGCAGACUUGGUUCGAAGUGGCGUCCUCUGUCUACCUUGGACGUCGUUACUCCAACGCGCAAGCUCGCCGCCACGGAAAUGGCGUUCUCCCAGCCGAUAACUCAAUGACGAUUGCCAUCCAGUACGGCGACCUUGCUGUGGUCGCACCAUGGGUUGAUCUCUCCAGAGAAGUCAGCCAUCUGGGAUCGUUCGGCUUCGUGCCAGUUCCAGGCCGGCUAUGCGUUUCUACGGCAAAGCAACCCAGGUGCAGGUCAGAUUACCAGGUCCUUGAUGAUGUGUUCGCUGUCAUUAAGACGCGUCCCACGGAGGCCAUAGAGAUUGAUGAUGCGCCACGCCACGCCGGGGGGCCGCGUGACAUCGGGCCAGAGCUCGAUGGCCACGAAGUUGAAGUCGAUGCCAUCCUAUUCCCUUCUGAAGACGAGGUCUACUUCCUCAUGACACGUGCGCGAGCGGGGAAGUGGUCUCGAUUAGUCGAUCCUUGCGCCGCAGCCAUUAUGCAGGCAAAAAAUUUCCGCGGUAUACAAUCACGACGGUGUCAGCAUGAGCCUGUGCAUAAAGCAGAAAAUUCUGCGAGCCAGCUCUGCGACUUGACGUUGGCCUAUUCGUUCGAAAAGCUGCUUGGCGAAUGGCCUCCCGGAGCGCUGGACAAACUCCACAUGUCGAAUGUCCUGGAUACGUAUCUCAAAUACAACAUCGCUGUCGCUCUCGCAGGAGGCGGAAUUGUUACGGUCAACAGAUCCGACUGCUGGAUUUGCCCGGCGAGUAGGCUUCUUACGUUACAGCGCAAACGUAUCCGGAUGUCUUCAGGUCUCUUCUUGAUAAACGCUAGUCCAUUUCUGAAAGAAGGACAGGAUAGAGACGGGCGGGGAAAACUUAUUACCGAAUCUGGCGGAGUGGUUAUUGAGCAAGACUAGGAACCUUGUUCCUUCGGGAGCACCAGUUCGAAUCUGGUCGACGUCGACGCGUUUUUUCUUUUGCUCGUCUACUGCGCUUUUUGGGGGUUCCGCGUGGAGUUUUGUUUGUGGAGGUUGCGUGUCCCGGCUGAGUUGCCUCCCCUGAUUGAUGGUUAAGAACGCAAUUGAGGGAAGUACUUAUGUGAAUGCGCGCAUACGUAAGUAUUAGAUAUACGCAAUCACCAUCAAACGCUACCCCUUCUGCCUGUGGAGUUUAGAAUAUGG